UGUAACCACUGCGUCCACGCGUUGCACUACUUCCUGAAAAAAAAAACACACUGACAUACAAAGAAAAAAACAUAGUACUUCGUUACGGCUGCUUUUUCUUUUGCUGUAAGCCACGGAAGACGUUUCUGUCACAAAACUGCCAACAGCCAUUAAAUCUUGCGGAUUGUAAACGAGAAAUGUCAAUUUGGGACGGUCUGUAGCGUGGCGGCAGCACUUGCAGGUCCGAUUCAAACAGGUGGAAAGAGUGGGACAGUCCUACCGCGUGACGGCUGCUCGUGAAGGCGGUCUAUUUUAACCCGCAUAGCGUUUUUGUUUGAACCAGCAUCAGUAUUAAAUUAAUUCGAAUCGUUUUUUUGCUAAACAUUCUCUCGCGUCCGUAUGACAUCAACAGGCUUGAGCCACAUCCCGUGUUAGAACGCUGUCUCGCGCCGGUCGUUUAAAAAGUGGGCCGUUAAAGUCUGUUACGUCGAGCUUAUUUCACCCCUUCCUGGAGCCAGGUUUGCGUGUGUGUUUUUUUUUACAUUUACGGCAUCGACCCUCGGGGUUUUUCCCACUUGCACUGGUCCUCGAGCCGUUUACGCACAGGUGGGAGAUACCCGCUUGGUUAGGACGGCCCCCUCUCUCAGUUCCUCAGCGGAUGAUGUGUGCAAGUGACAUUUGCCGUUGCGGUUUGGGACAGUAGGCGAGGCGUCUCUGCAAACAGGUGUGCGACUGCCCGAAACAGGCACACACAAUACGACUUCUUUCGCCUUGUUUAGCGGAGGUGGACCUCCAGCACCGGUGUCGAAGCGAUCAUCCUCGUAGCGGGACAGGGAGAGGAGGGGGAGUCUACUAUCAUUUUCAGGCUUUGUAGUUGCAUUUGAUCGUUUCGGAAAGGGGUUCGCGGCUCACAAAGAGGAAGGGAUGGCAACUAAGAAACCAUGCGCGGAUUUAACAAAAAGGAGCCGAAGUCCCGUCGUGCUGGAGGCAGAGAUGUUCAGCGAAUUUCAGGACUGGUGUCUCCGGACUUACGGGGACUCGGGGAAAACAAAGACCGUCACACGGCGAAAAUACAACAAAAUCAUGCAGACCCUGCUACAGAACGAGGAGUCGGACGGUGUCUAUGUCGACAACAGCCACAUCAACGCCAAAUUCAAAUUCUGGGUGAAGUCCAAAGGCUUUCAGGUCGGCAGCAACAUCUUGGGCGAGCACAACAAGAAAGAGCCAUCGGGGAAGCCCGUCCUGUACGUCCCUGUCAAGUCUACGUGUUCAGAUGGAGGGGCGGCCCAGGACAGUUCUUUGAAGCGGGUUGCUGUGGUGGAGGAUUUUUUUGAUAUCAUCUAUGCCAUGCACGUCGAGAUGGGGGCAGAUCCCGGACGAGCCCCCAAACACGCCGGCCAGAAAAAGACCUAUAAGGCGAUUGCAGAGACCUACGCAUUUCUUCCACGUGAGGCGGUGACCCGUUUCUUGAUGAGUUGUGGAGAAUGCCAGAAAAGGAUGCACAUCAACCCCAGCACGGCAGAGUUCAAAGAGAAUGACCGGCCCACCUCUCUGGUCCCAGACCUCAUCGAUUACAACAUGCCUCUCACUGCCACCUAUCUCAAACAGAUGAAACUACAGUGCAUGAACACCAAUGAGCAGGAUGAGAGUUCGGUGAGCAGUGAGGAUUUGGACAUGGCUGAGCCCGCGUGGGUCUCUACUGAGCGUGCUCCAGCCGCAGAGCCUAGCAGCCCCACCGCCCCAUACACAGAGAGGAUGCCUACACCCCCACAGCCCAGCAUUAAAGAGGAAGAAGAUGAUUCCUCUUCAGAGAACGGCAGCACAGCUAACGGUCUCCCUGCGCUGACUCCGCCUGGUGGUGCUGCCAUGGCGACAGGAGGAGUUCCUGCAACUGAGGGGGUGGUUCCAUACGGAGAGGUGAACGGUAAUGGUGCCGCAGCGCCGCUGGACUUCAGCACCACUUCGUCGUCCUCUUCCUCACAGGAGGGACAGCAGCCUGUCAACCUGAGCGACAGACUGUUGCCCGGAGUGACACUUGGAUCCUACGCAUCUGACCCCAACAGAAAAUUCCCUGUUAAAACUGAGUACGGUAACAAGUCCCCUCAGUACAGCUCAGGAAGCUAUGACUCUGUGAAGACGGAACUGAGCACGUGUGGAGAGGACAUGACCCCUGGCCGCUCUCAGGUCAUAGACGAUGAUGACGACGAUCACGAUGACCAUGAUGACAGCGACAAGAUCAAUGACGCUGAGGGCCUGGAUCCUGAACGACUCAAAGCUUUUAAUAUGUUUGUGCGGUUGUUUGUGGAUGAGAACUUAGACCGGAUGGUUCCGAUCUCAAAGCAGCCCAAAGAGAAAAUCCAGGCCAUCAUUGAGUCCUGCAGCCGCCAGUUCCCAGAGUUCCAAGAACGUGCUCGCAAACGUAUCCGAACCUACCUCAAAUCCUGUCGCCGCAUGAAAAAGGGUGGCUUUGAGACACGGCCCACACCCCCUCACCUCACCUCCGCCAUGGCUGAGAACAUCCUUGCAGCAGCAUGUGAGAGCGAAACACGUAAUGCCGCUAAGAGGAUGCGCCUUGACAUCUAUCAGGCCCAUGAUGAGUCAGCUGCAGCAGACAAGUCUAACUCCAGAGAUCCGGCUGCUUUGGCUCACUCAGGCUUCACACUGGCCGCCUCGGCCUACUCCCAGGACCAACUCUAUACCAACGGUGGACUUAAUUACAGUUUCCGUGGAUACGGGACCAUUGGCAAUAGCCUCCAAAACAAUGGCACAUCACAAACCAAUGGUCCCACUGAUCUCAGUAUGAAAUCUUUGGCAACCAACAGCACUUCCUCCUCCAGUUCAAACAGUCAUGGUCAGGGUGGAGGGGGCGGAGGGGCGUCCGCCCAGCUCAGUCCACCCGAGGUCACGGCUGUUCGGCAACUGAUUGCGGGUUACCGCGAGUCUGCGGCCUUCCUGCUCCGCUCUGCUGACGAGCUCGAGAACCUCAUACUGCAGCAGAACUGAGAACUGCACACAGGCUGUGUUAGAUUUUUAGGAAGCUGUCUGGACAUCUGAGGUUGGUGAACACAAGACACACGAAAAGAAAAAAAGGAAAAAGAAAGGAAAAGAAAUGCUACAACUUUUUAUUUUUCUAAACCGUGCAGCUAAACUCUGCAAUCAAAUGUGGUAACAACCAUUGCCUGUGAUAUAUUUUAAUUUUGUGGUGCUUUGUAAUAUUAUUAUGAUUAUGGUAUUUCAUUUGUUUUUACUCCUGUACUUACUAGAAACUGUAAAGCUGAUGUAAAGCUCAGUUUCUCUUUGUAUACCAAUGUGAAGCUUUGUAUGAUUUCUUUCUGGUUUUUUGACUCAGUGGAAGUGUGUGAUGUUUACAUGUACAGAAUUUAAGAUUCUUUUUUGUUGUUGCUUUUAUUUUUUAUUGUUGUUGGUUUUGUUUGUCCUAGUAAAGCCCCACCUAUCGUCCUGUCGUGACCCCGCAAUGUGCUUUUUACUUUAAAUCAAAUCUGAACGGUGGAGAACAUGGACAUGCUGAACUCAAACCACAGUAAAGGCCUUUGCACACUUUCGUGCGUAAAUCUCUGUAUAUUUAUUUUCUCAAGUUGUUGCUUUAAAUCCAUGGAAAUGUUUUUUUUAAAGAACAUUGUGUGAAUUGUACGUUAUUAGCUACGCUUUUGUUUUGUUUUUUCCUUUAGUUGGUUUUCUGUGUAAGGGCCUUUAGACGUGUGGUUGUCACUACUGAUGGUAGAUGUCGAGGAUGAGAGAGAGGAGGGACUUAUCAUCAGCUCAAAGGGCACCACUAAUUUUCUUCUCCACAAAUGUGGAGUAAAAUGCCCCCCUUACAUGUAGUUCCCUUAGAGAAAAAGCAAAAGACAAAACUCUUGAUGUCAUGUCAUUUUUUUUUUUUUUAUUACUAUUGGGAAUAUAGAAUAGGGGCAUUGUGUUUGGGACGGGGCAGAUUUACCCAACUCAUAAACCAACUGACCUGUGCUCUUUGACCUCAGUCAGAAGCCUCUCAGUGAGUCAGAAAGCCAUUCCCCUUACACUGUUCUCAUGUACGGGACACACGCAAACCUCAGGAACCCUUUGGAUCUGUGUUACUUUUUUUGAACCAGGUCUGUACGUCUUGGCUGACGAGUCCUCCCUCUCUCCAAUAUCAACCCUAUUAUAUUGGAUUUGCUAUGUAUGUGUUUUGUUUGUUUUUUAUAUAUUUAUUGUGAUUUUAAAGUGAAUCCAGUACAUGUGGCUGAAUAUUUGAAUUCUUUAGAAAAGUGUUGAUAAACAUAAAUAUAUAUAUAUAAAUAUAUGUGAAGCGCCUAAAAGAUGGAGAAUAUGGCAGGUAAAAUUCAUUUCUGUUUGUUUAAUGUAAAAACAAAGAAAAGAAACAAAAAAAAAAAAUGAAAAAGCACAGGUGGGUGAAUU